UCCGCUCUUCGAGGGCUCGGCCCCGGGUGCGCGUCACAGGAAGGCGGCCGCGAGAAGGGCAGAACAUGACCGUCCCUGGGCCAAGGCGGAGUGAGCAGCUGCUGUUCCUGUGCCUCAUGGCCGUCGCGGUGGCGGUCAUCUCCCUGCUGUUCUACGCUCUGCUCUGGAAGGCCGGCAACCUCGCAGACUUGCCCAACCUCAGAAUCGGCUUCUACAACUUCUGCCUGUGGGAUGAGGGCACUGGCUCCCUGCGGUGCCACCAGUUCCCUGAGCUGGAGGCCCUGGGCGUGCCGCGGGUCGGCCUGGCCCUGGCCAGGCUGGGUGUGUACGGGGCCCUGGUCCUCGCGCUCUUUGUCCCCCUGCCUCUCUUCCUGGCCCGGUGCAACAGCAGCGAGGGAGAGUGGCAGCUGGCGGUGGGCUUCCUGGCCACGUCCUCUCUGCUGCUGGCCAGUGGCCUGGGCCUCUUCCUCACCUACACCUGGAAGUGGCUCAGGCUCUCCCUCUUGGGGCCUGGGUUUUUAGCUCUGGGCACUGCCCUGGCUUUACUUGUCCUCUUGCUUAUGGCCAUGGUCAUGUUCCCUCAGAGGGCGGAGGACAAGAGCAAGCUGGACAGCUUCUAGUUCUAUCUAAAGGCUUACAUGAUUGCAAGAGUUCAGUUUGAACCAUGCUCAGAGAAAGUGCCAGA